CCCUGAAGUCGCUGAUGAAAGACCAGGUCGACGCGUUGCGAAAGAAGAACAUCCCUGCGGUAGCACUUCACGGCGACCUGUCGUGGAGCGAAGAGCGACAAUUUCUACAGACGCUAGAACGGUUCGCGACAUCUGGUACAUAGGAUUUUUUAGAUGAUUUCAACAUGACAGCUCACAUUCAUCAAUGCAACCUCUACAAAAUGGAAAUCUUUCGCGGAACAACAUGCGAGACUCUAUAGGAAAAUCACAAUUUUGGUCGUUCUGUGAGCGAUGCGGGGGUACUUACUACUUAAGUAGCUUUAGAAAAGACAGAAAAUCUUCUCCCACCACCGAAAUUGAAAAUUAGCCCCCUCCGCCUCCACUGCCGCGGCCAACGCUCCGUGCCUUCUGUACGUGUCGCCCGAGAAACUUGUAAACGCCCUGGAGCGGACGCAGAACUCGAGUUUCAUCUCCCUGGCCGAGAUGCUCACCCUUUUGUUUCAGAACAACAAACUCGGUAGCUUUGUCAUCGACGAGGCGCACUGCGUGUCCGAG